AUGCUCGAAAUAGCUUGUUUUAACGCGUCUUCUGCCAUCACUGCAGCCCGAGCAGGUGCUGAUCGAAUCGAGCUAUGCGCUGACUAUGCAGCUGGCGGCGUAACACCUUCCCUCUCGACGCUUCAGGAUGUACGGAAGCAAGUCACGAUCCCAGUCAAUGUUAUGAUUAGACCACGGGGCGGAAACUUUCUCUACGCCGAUGAAGAACUCACGCUCAUGAAGAAAGAGAUGGAAAUGCUCAAGCCUCUAGCUAGCGGGUUCGUCUUUGGCAUCCUAGACGCCGAUCGUCGCAUAGACAGCGCUCGCAACCGGGAGUUAGUUGAGAUUGCAGCUCCGCUUCCAUGUACGUUCCAUCGUGCAGUCGACGAGACAGAUAACUUGGAAGAAGCCGUGGAGACAGUGGUGCGUUGCGGGUUCAAGAGCAUAUUGACUAGUGGCGGGGCAAAAAGCGCCCUUGAAGGUGCCGAUAAGCUCCGUCAAUUGCAGUCGAAAUUUGGAGCAGAUCUAUCGUUGAUCGCCGGCGGUGGGGUCAGAAGCAUCAAUAUCGAGGAGCUCAAAAAGAGGACCCACACAGCUUGGCUCCACUCAGCAGCCAUCACAGCACCUGGAGAGGACGUGAACGAUCAGGAAGUGAACAAGAUGCAACAAACUUUGUCAAAACUGGAAUAA